CCGGGGCGAGUGGGCGUUCUUUUGUGAAGGCCUAGAUAAGCCCCGCGCACUCAGGUGUCCAUCCGCGGCUCUUUGCUUUGCAUCUUCCCAGCUCUGGAGGCAGGGAUGCCCACAGCAGGCAGCAUCAUGGAAGCGGACAACCUUCCACCCAGCCAGCUGCCAAGGCGGGGACAGCACAACUCCUGUGUGAAGGCUUGAAUUCCAGGGGCUUCUGAAUCGUAGAAUCAUAGUAGAAUUAGAAGGGGCUACAAGGCCUUCCGGUCCGACCUCCACCUUGCCAGCAAGUUGCCCACCUUGGCUGAAUUGUUUGCAGCUCCUUAGGUGGCCACUGCAGGAUGCGGGAUCAGCUACACUGGUGCCUUCCAGGUGUGUUGAACGAUGUUGGUUGUAGGUUGCUGAAAGUUGUUCAUUAACAUCUUGGGGGACCUCAGGCUGGGAAACCCCGGAAAUGCUUUUGCAGAGAGGUUCUUGUGCAGUACACUCGUGUUUACGCAGAGGCAAGUUCAGUGAGAUGUAAUUCCAGGUAAGUAUGCCUAAUAUUGUGAGCCUAUGACACAGCCUUAUGUUUGUGUACUUGGAAGUUCCCUUGGGUUUCAUAGGGCUUACUCCCAGGUAAGUGGGUAAAUAACUGCAGCCUUAAACAUUUGCGUUUCUUUCACACACACACACACACACACACACACACACACACACACACACACUUUACCACCACCAGUACCUGUUGGACUGCAAGACAUAGCAAAUCAAAAGGUUUUAUUUUAAGGCUUUUGAAACAGUUCCAGCAAGUUGAAUAACAUUGCAUUAUUUAUGCUUUGUAUCUUCUCUUGCAUAUUUCUUUUAAAUCGCUACAUGGCAAGAUGUGCUUUAAAUUUCUUUUAAACUGAAAUGCUGAAACUUGGCAGAGGAAUUAACAAUGUGCACUCUACCUCAUUGUUAGUAUUACUUUGUUUAUCCCCAUUGUUGAUUGUACGUCUAACAGAAUGCACUUGGUGACAGAAAAUAACUGAUGCACAACGGAAGACAGGACCUGGGAGUGCCUUCAAUCCGCCCUCCCUUUGCCACAUUCCUGGCUUAUGGAAGGAAGGUGUUGUUUGCCUCGCUGGGAGCACAACACUGCUUGUUUCUCAGAGACUGCUGUUCUCUCCUGCCAGGAAAGAGGACAAAAUUUUCUCCUUAAUCAGCUCCACGGACGGACGGGGAGAAGGAAACGUUUGCACUGAAGAUUCAUUCCCAGUUUAAAUAUUAAGCUCCUGCAAUGUCUUUAAAGAGGCGAGGUCCCCAGCUGAAGCUGCCACUUCAUGCUGGACCUUGGACUUCACGCACUCAAGCAGCCGAACGACGGAAGGAAGGGCUCUGGGACAUCACAGAGUUAACCAUGAACUUUGCAUUUAACCCAAGAGAUGGGAUUGAUAACCCGGCACUGUCUCUGGCAGAGGAUUCUGAGCCGGAAGGAGCUUCGCAGCUGCGCUUCUGCUUUCUGAAGAAAGAAGAGGGCGAGAGCUUCGGGUUCUGGCUGCGGCAGGAGGUGGGCAAGAGUGGCCACAUCGUGAGGCAGGUGACGCCGGGGGGGCUGGCCCACCGCAGGGGCCUGCGGGAUGGCGACCGGAUCCUCGAGGUGAACGGCAUGUAUGUGGAAGACAUGGAGCAUUUCCAGGUGGUAUGGAAGAUCAAACACAGUGGGAAGCAGAUUUCGCUCACCGUUCUGGACGGGAACACCUAUGACUUGGCAAAGGCCCUUGACCGGGACCUUGCCCAGCUCCUGCCUUGUCACAACAGGCCUCGGCUGUGCCACAUCACCAAGGACCGAAGUGGUUUUGGAUUCAGCUUUUCAUCUCCAGAAGGCGUGGAGGGCACCUUCCGGCUUUCUGUGACCCUGGAUGGGCCGGCGCACAAGGCCGGUGUGCCAGACGGUUCCUGGCUUCUGGAGCUGAAUGGUGCCCGUGUGGAGAACUGGACCUCUGCCCGGCUGAACAAAAAGCUCAAAAACGGCAGCAGCCCAAUAGGACUCUUGGUGAUAGAUGCAGAGUCAGAGGAGUUCUACCGGCAGCACGGCAUUAAAGUCACAGCUGCCAUGGCAGACGCCUCGUGGGUUCCUUUCAAAGUGCGGAAGCUCCCGAUGGUGCGAGGGCCAGCCGGUUACGGAUUCCUGCUGAAGGAAGAGAAAUGUGCCUCUGGAAAGUAUGGCCAGUUCCUGAGGGAGGUGGAUGCCGGGAUGCCGGCCGAGAAGGCCGGGAUGAGAGAUGGCGACCGCCUCCUGGCUGUUAAUGGCGACGGCGUGGAGGAGCUCGACCACCAGGAGGUGGUGCUGAAGAUCCGGGCAGAUGCCAUUCAGGUCACGCUGCUCGUCAUUGACGCCGAGGGAAGCAAGUUCUACGAUCUGGUUGGAUUAUCACCUCUUCUUUUCUACAAUGAUGAAGAGCCUCGGUCAGGCUUGCGAGUGAGCCAUGCCUCAUCUUCUUCCGCCACACUUCAGGAAGACUGCAGCCCUGGCUCAACACCUCCGCUCUCCCAUCUCAAUACGGAGCCCCGUGAGAAUGCACUGGAGCCGCACCAGCAUGAUGGAAGUUUCAGGGCCUUUGCAAAAGAGGGCCCGGAUGCUGUGAGCCAGGCAUUCUAGGCGCUGCCUCAUCACCCUGGCCAAGGAGGAGACCUCCUGCCGGCUCUGCAGCUGUCCUGGAAGGGAGCACCUUUGCAUGAUGCCAAUGUUGCAACCAGACCCCUGCCCCGGUGCCAGAUUGUUCCUGCGCCCCACGACCGCUUCAUCAAUCCGUCUGUUUUUGCACUCUGCACAUGCUCCCUGCAGAUCCUUGAAACCGGGCCACAGUGUCCAGGCAGAAUGGGAUCAGAGGCAGACUCCAUGAGGAUUCUUGGAAAAGCGUGAGAACCCACCGGAGCUGAUCCUGUGACCGUGCUGGAGAGUGACUUUGAAGACAGAGGGUGAUGGGAAGAGGAACCAAGUUUUGUUGAACAGAAAUUAACCUCUGUUUUGAAAUACUGUCAUGUCUAGGAAGAGGGAGGAACCAGGGCUUUGUGUUCUGAACCUUCUUCCCCCUCUGAGACCCAGUCAAAAGGAGAUUGGAUUAAUGACAGAAAAGCAUUCUGCACACGUUCAGAGCUGCAUGCUUUAUUACUCCACCAGCUUUAGGGCUAAUCCCAAACUCGGGACCAACCACGGCACUGCCCCAGGCUGAAGGACGCGGAGGUCUAUCAGUCUGAAUGCUCCUUCACAUCUCCAGCGGAUUCAGCCCAAACUCCUUCAGCCGGUCCUU